ACUGUAAACACUUAUUAAUUAAAUUCAUUAGUAACUCGUUUUUAUAAUAUCUCACAUCAUAUAAUUUAAAUGGCAAUUGCAAAAAAUUAAGGCACGUGAACAUAAAUUCAGCAUGUUUCUCAUACUGAUGACAGGAAUCGCUUGAUGUAAUAUGUAGAAGUUAUCGAUGUCGAAAUAUUUUAUUUUGUUUUUGUUUCAAUAUUUACAUCAUAAAAUGCAUUUGAAAACUUUAAGUAAUAUAAGUUGGACGAUAACCAAGUUAUCAUCUUCAGAAAGUAAACUGUUUACUGAUCCAAGGGUGAGAGGCCCAGUAGGACUUUAAGGCCCCUAAUUGGGGCCGUACGCAUGAGACACACGAGGCGCCGAACUCUGUCCAGUCGCACUUUUGUUUUCACUUUCUCCGUACAGGGCUAUCACACGAUGACCCCGUAUGUGAGAAGAGAUUUGAUCAUUGAGGUAUAAAUUCCGUGGAGGAUCUUGGGUGAAAACCCUCAUGUACAACCGAUUGCCCUUCCGCAUGUUCAGGGGGUGCAGGUGGCCUUUUUAUUUAGUUGUCUACGUGUUCGUACUAGAACAGUUUUGUAUCCAGGGUUACACCCAGGUACUUUACGGCUCUAGAGUACGUAAGAUUUACGUCUCCCAACGUUAUAUUUGGGGGCGUGCCAUUGUUGCGCCUCCUAGUAAAAAGAAGGUUCUCUUUGUUUAUCCUCAGCCCUUAUUACAUUGUUUAAUUCCGCCGACACUCGGCGUUAUGAGAGCAUUGCCCUUAUCCAUAUUACGAGACAGAGUUCGACGCUACGUUUCUCGAGUACUCAGUAGAUAACUUCCAAUGCCGUCGAAUGCCCCUUCAAUAUCAAAAAAUACCGCAAUUCUGACUUCCGACUCUCCAUUGCUUUCAGGAAGGUACGAUGCAGUCGUUUCUUCCUGAUUUUGGAAUAAAUACUGCCUUAACCUCUUUCACUUGUUCGGGAAUAUAGCCCUGAGCGAAGCAGGAUCUGAAGAUCCUUACCAGAUAAGGAGCCAAUAUUUCCAGUGCCUGUUGUAGGUGACAUGAAUAUAUACCAUUCCAACUAUGACAGAAAAAAUGUAUGUUUAGCUGUGACCACUGAAAUAGAACAAUCUUGGUUUAAACUAGAGCUCAAACCAUAUUGAAACUUCAAUUUUGUCUUCAAUUUUACCCUAGGUUGUAAACUGGUCCUAAAUGGUAUGAAAUGUAAUGUGUGCUGCCUAUCACUUACAACCAAAUGUGCAUUUCAUUUAUUGCAGUAGAAUAGUAGCUGUGGCAACUAUGCUCUAAAUAUCUGAUAGUGAUAAUUGUCGCUUUAUCUCAGUUUUGUGUUGAUACCAAUACAAAAAUAGGUGCAUAAAGUAGUUGGUCGGUGUUUCCCACAUUUCAUCAUUAAUUAUGUUUAGAUGAGAUUAGUAUUCAGUAUUACUUUAUAACAGGUUACAAAAGUUCACAGGCUUUGGAUAUGUGACAAUAUAUUAAGAUUAAUAUUCACCAUGUUUCAACCUUAUCAGGUCAAUUAUCUACACACACUAAGGGAUAUGUUUCCCAGAACAAAUGAAGAUGUUCUUAAUGAUGUCAUUGAAUUAGUACUGGAAAAUAGUCCGGAAGAUUCAUUUGAGCAGAAAAUUGAAAAUAUGAUAAAUAUGUUGACUGCUGAAGGAGCUCAAGGACCAAUACCUAAUGUAUCAACACCUCAUAGUGAGUUGUUUACAAAUCUGGCUUCUAUAUAUGAAGAUGUAGAUGAAAGUUAUUUGCGAAGAUAUGCUGAAGGCAAACCUGAUCAUUUCAAUAUUGAGGAUGCACUUGAUGAGCUAUCCCUUUGCAAUUUACCAAAAAAAAUGAAUGAUCCAACAAGGAUUUGGGAACAACUCAAGUCUGUUUUACCAAAUGCUGAUCCUUCCUAUUUAAAAAAACAAGCCAAUAAAUUUGCUUCACUUCCCACUACUGAGCUGAAUGUUUUUCUACAAAAUGCUAUUGAAAACAAUAACUACCCUUCAAUGCAAGAAUAUCUUGAGAACAAAAAACAUGAUGAUGAAGUAGCAAAGUACACAGAAAAUUUUGAUAUAGAUAAAUUUUUGGAAACUAUUCCCAAUCCAAUAGAAAAAUUUAGUGAUCCAAAUAGAUUGUUGAUUUUGAAUGAUAAUUCCGAUCAAAAUGAUGAAGAAUAUGCGUUGCAAUUUUUGUACAAUCAAUUUAGAUUUAUAAGACGAAAAUACAUAGAUUUAUUAUUUAAGUGGAAAAAGAAAAAUUUGGUGGCUGUAUGUGAUGAAUUAGAAAAUUUGGGUAAUAGUUUAAUAACUCCAAGACCUGUUGUGAACGAGGUAGAUUCCAAAAAUAUUCAAUUAUUGCAAGUGGUAGCUUACCUGCAACAUCGCAAGUUGAUUAAAAGAGAACUGAAAUCUAAAGAUGAACAAUAUUUGAAAGCCAAAGAAGAAGCAAGGAAGUAUGGUUUAUUAGAAACCUGCCAAUGUUGUUUUGAUGAUGAAUUAAUACCCGAAGAAUGUUACUUCUGUAUGAAAGGAUGUGUUUUUUGUAAAAGUUGUGUCCAAAAAGGUGUCGAGGUCGGAGUAGGAAAAGGGCAUAUAAAAUUUCCUUGUAUGGAUAAUUGCAAUUCUGAGUUUGAUUUACAGACUCUGCAGAUGGUUUUGCCAAAAAGAAUGUUUGAACGGCUUGCUCAAAGAAUCGCUAGUGAAGAAAUUAAAAAAGCCAAGGUUGACGGCUUAGAAACCUGCCCGUUUUGCGAUUUUGCCAUGAUUUUACCUGAACAUGAAAAGAUAUUCAAAUGUAUCAAUGAGGAAUGUUUGAUAGAAUCUUGUAGACAAUGUCGUCAUAAAUCGCAUAUUCCUUUGAGAUGUAAUGAGAUUGAAUAUGAUGAGGAUGUUAGAAGACGGACUUAUAUAGAAAAUAAAAUGACUGAAGCAUUGACUCGAAUUUGCUACAAGUGCAAAAAAUCUUUCAUAAAAUCAACUGGUUGUAACAAGAUGUCAUGUGUGUGUGGAGCCAAGCUAUGUUACUUAUGUGGUAAACCUGUCAUUGAUUAUUCUCAUUUUAAAAAUGAAGCAAUGCCCAAUGAUCCAAGAUGUCCAUUAUUCAGUAAUGAUGUUGAAGUGAAUCUACAAAGGGUAUUGAAAGGUGCGCAAGAAGCAAAAAAUGAAUUGGGAAAUGUCGAAAUCAAAUUUGAUCCUACUGCCAAUAUUCAAGAAUAUUUUCGGUAGAUUCUAUGUGAUAAUAUCAAAGUGCCAAUUUUGUAUGUAAAAAGUUAUUAUUUGUACAGUUUUAUUUACAUAAUACUGUUCUAUAUCAACCUGUGAGAGAAAAAUACUGAUAGUUUUUAUAAGUAAAUCUAUUAUUCCAAAAGUAUAUAUUUCACUAAUUUUAUUAGUAUAUCUUUUGAAUUAUUUAAAUGUUUUUUUAUCAAAUGAUUUUGUGUAAUGAUUCGAUUUGUAUUUUAGAUAAUAUUGACUAAUUCACAAGUAAAAAACAGACAGAAAACACUAGAGAUGAAGGUAGUAAAAAUAUUUGCGAUAGCUCGAUACUGAGUGAUGUCUGAAAAAAUUUAUUGAAACUGUUUUCCGGUAUAUAAGAAUUUUAAAACCUUUCAACUUAUAUUCAAUGCCCCAAAAGAUAUUUUAUUGGAAACUUUAUCUUUGAAUUUUCUUUAAAAAUUGUUUGUUUUUUUUUAAAUAUUCCGAUAAAACUAAAUAUAUUUUUAUUUCUUCAUACAUUGUGCAAUUUUUCAUGCCCUGAAAAACGUUUCAAUAUAUUUUUGUAAACCAAGUGAUACGUAAAUGUUUGUCAUUCAUCUGAAUCUUUUAAUUUUUUGUGAUGCUUUUUUCUUAUUUGUUUUAAAGACAAAAUCGACUGAAGCAUAUUUGAAGUAUUGAAAUAAGUUCUUUUAAAUUAUACUAAUAAUCAUCUUCAAAUAACGUCGUCGAUUGCAGGAUGUUAAGGUCUCCUAUUUAUAAAACUAAUCUAUGACAAGACCUGAUCGUAUUUGUUGUUCAGUGUUACUUUAUAGAUUUUAAUACUCAUACAUUUUCUAUAUUCAUACAUGUAUAUGUACACACCAUCCAAAAGUUUAACGCGUUUUACGUGAAAUGAUGCGAAACAAAAUUAUCUCAUUAUAUCUAUAUUGAUAUAAAAUUCUAUAUAACUCUUUAUGUCUUUUCGAGACCUAGAGUACUGGGGUUUUAGUUUUCACUCUCUUUUCACCCAUUUUUUCCACUCUUUCUGGUCCUUUGUAAUUUCAUUUGUUUGUUACAUUGUUUUCCGUUUUGUUUUAAUUAAAUUUUCCUUGAUCCUUUUUUUCUUCGAUUCUUUUGUUUUUUUGUUUCUGUCACUUUUCUUAUUAGACUGGUAUUUUUUUCUGUAUAUAAUGUAAAAAUUCAGUUAAAAAUCUUUUUAUUUUGCUUCUUUUUUUGUUAAAAUCUUAAAUUAUUAAAAAGUUACCUAUAUGCAUCCAACUCUUAUUUAUGUUUAUAAUAAUUUUCUAUAAUCAAUGGCAAAAUUUUAUAGCCUUAUGUUUUGCUUCCAGAAAAAAGUAUUUUCAAAAAUUUGGAUGGUGAUGUAUGUAAUAUGAAUUCUCUAAUUUGUGACUGAUUUUAAACCAACUAUAUAAAUUGAAAAUCAAUUCUUUCCACAUUUGAAGACUCGUCACUUUCUUUAGACCAGAUACUUCCAAUUCUGAAAUUAUCAACACUCCCGUUUAUAGCUUUUUAACACUAUUCCUACCGACUUCUCUGAUUAUCUAUUUUAAAUAGAGAGAAAACUCAAAAUUAUUAUUCAAAAUGGGAAAAAAUACAGACAUUACUUUUUUGAGAUCAAAAUUAUUAAAUUAAUGUUUCAUUGUAUCUAAACGCAUCCAAUACAAAUUGUUGUACUCGUAUGUACAUUUUCCACAUACAUAUUUUUUACAUAUUUUGUUAAUUUUAUUUUUGGCGUAAUUUCUGUAUAUGUGAAGCUGUCUCUACAUAUGUCACAAAUACUAAUCUUUUUUUAGCUAUUUUUUAUAUUCUGAGGCAAGUGUUUUGCCAAUUGAAAUAAAAAUUGUUUUCUUUUAACCUGUGGUUUCUCAGUAUAUAAUAUAUAAAUUUACCCCCAGUCCAAAAUGUUAAUAAAUCCCUGCUUUGGUCAUCGAUACCUUGAAUUUACAGUUUAAUUUCUAGGUAUUAGUUCUAUAUGUUUACGCCAAAUUUUGUUCUAUUGCAUGGACAAAUUGCCUCUAGUAUAUGGCUGUUAUUUUCCUUAAUGUCCAAGGAAUUAUGCAUAAAGUUGAAAAUCAGUACUUUUUCAUUUGAUUUAGCUUUGUAAAAAAUAGUCAAGCUGCAAGUAUCUGAACGAUAUAAUUUUAUUGAACAGCAUGUUAUAUGAGCGCUUGACUAUAUACAAAGUGUAGCCAAGCUUCAGAAAAAGAUUUAUCAAAAAAUUUAGAAAGAAAUACAGGGCAUUUUUCAUGCGAUUUAAAAUAAGAUUAAAAGGGCGCAAACAUUUGUAGUACACUUUCAAUGGCUGGCAGUAAUGCUACCCACCUUGUUUGAGAGUAGCCCAAUAACAAUGAAAAAUCUGUUUUAACAAAGCCUUAAAAAUGUUUUAGAGUUUCCACUCGUAACAGUGGAAGACUUGAAAUAUAAAUAUAAUUUCGAAACAAUUAAUUCAACGUCAUUCCGUGAAAUAUCGGCAGCUGUUUUAACAGUAUUGUGGAAAAUAUGACCCUCACACCCAAUUCCUAUUAAAUUAUGGUACAGCUUCUGCUGCAAUUUGAUAAAAACAUUGUUCCCUUUCCUAUUCGCUCCGCCAAAAUUAGAAUUUGUAUUGUCUGCAACAAAUCUAACAACUUUUUCUUUUAAAUUAUUUUUUAUUAUGCAAUCAGCAACAUAAUUACUAACUGUAUCGGACGUUUCGUUUGGCAAUGAGUUCAGUUCCAAAAUUUUUACUUUAAUUCCAGUUUUCUAGUCAAAAUAUCUUACUAACACUGGAAAUAGCUGUUAGUUAUAAUUGCUACCGCUUUAGUGCCUGUACACGAAAAUUUAAAUUCUAGAGUUGUUUAUAACAAUUUGGCUGUGCAAUAUAUAAAUCUAAAAUUAUGAUUGUGACAAACAGUAUGGUGCACAAAAGUGCCUUCGAUUGCGGCUAACAGUUCUUUUUUAGAACUCAUUUUUUCAUAUUUUAAAAAGUUUGUUACAGAUGAGGUCGAUGCAACAACAGAAGCUGAUUUUCAAUGUUUCCUACUGUUGAAAUGAGCUUUAAUUAUGUCCACCAUGACUGAUUGAAAAAUUUACAACGUAUAUGUUGUACCUGACAUCAGAAUCACUAAUCGUUUUGUUUUAUACAAAGACAUUCUUUUUAUAACUCUUUAUUGAAUGUACAUUUUCUUUUUUUAGAACUCAUUUCCAUGAAAAAUAAUUCACUAGUUUAUUUAUGAAUAAAAAAAUCAAUUGAAUAUCUUGCCCCACAACAAAAGCAAAUAAAAAUCACAAACUGAAUCUUAACUUAACCUUAAACUUACAAACUUAAACUGAAAAAAACCUGACGGCUAAGGAUAUCUCUCCAUAAUGUCAAACUACCACGAGUCUGCGUUUCCUCUUCCAUCGAACGUUCAGAUACACGAUGUGUAACGAAACACUGGUACCUACGCUAUAUAUCUUGUUUCUGAGCGUUAAGGUACGUCCACACUGGAGCAACAUGUGGCAACUUGUAGCAAUUUUAUGUUGCAACAAGUUGCUAAAUGCUUAAAUCCAUUGACAUAAAACAAACUGUCCUCACUAGUGCAACAAUGUUAAUGAAUGUUUGCACUCGAAUCUCAAAUUCAGUUGAGUACAACAAUCUGUCCACACUGCUGUAGUUUUGUGACAUGAUGGAUUAACUGCUACCGUGUGCUUUCUAAUUUUGUGUGGUGUUUCACGAAAACGGAAGCGUAAAUGCUGGGUCCGUCCAAAUUUGAAGAAAAGGGAAUUAUUAUUGGAUUUAAAGAAAGAUGACGUUUUAUUAGAACUUGGAAGGAUCGUGGAGAAGAGAAACUCAGAGUAAUACGUUUACUCCAUACAAAAAAGUUGCACGCAAUACAGCAACUGAAGCAAAAUGUAUUCGACAAGAGUUUGCUGAUUUUUUCGUUACAUCUUUGGGGAUGGCGCAGUGGCAGAAUAAUUUUUGAAUUAUAAUUCAUGUAUAACUUGAAAUUGCCUAUUUAUUUGUUUGAAUAAUUAAUAAUAGAAAAUUUAAUAUCUAAAAACAUUGUGUGUUUACUUACCACGUUCUCGACUUCACUUUCCUUGCAUGGGCGGACUUUGUUUUUGUCUCGAAGAAAUACUAUUGCAUCGUAGGCAAACCACUUGGAAUGAAAGUGACCGCCUGCUCCAGAAUUUUCCAUGCUACGAUAUUUUUUUCGCUCUCUAUUAAACUGAGCCACCAAGUUACGGAUUUAUUCUUCUCUGCAUUUAUAUUUAAUAUUUUUAGGAUUCCAAAUACAUGGAUAUUGUCUAUAAUUCUCAAUUAAAUUUAAACAAUUCUCCGAAGUCCACUUAAACGCCAUCACGCGGUAGUCUGUCUACUGUCUACUUACUCAAAUUGCAACAGGUCUCAACUCGCAACAAUCCAUCCAUAUCGAAGCAAUGUUGAAAAUGUUUUACUUUGUUUCAUAUUAUCCUUUGAUCUUUACCGCUAAAAAUGGAUUUAUGCAAUUUAUACUACAACUAAUGUUGAAUUGCAACACCAACUUUAUGCAACGCAACACAACAUAUUCCAACAAAUAUAAACAUUUUAUGUUAUAACAAGUUUUUGUUGUAUUAUGUUGGAAAAUGUUGCUCCAGGGUGGAUGCGCCUUUAGGUGGAAGAGUAUUCCAAGUUCAUUGUAUGCUUCAAAUGGUUUAAAGCGUGCCGUGUCGCGUAUUAUGAUAUGCACAAGUUUUUCGGUUCAAAUUUUGCAAAAAUAAUUCUAGUUGAAAUAUAUUUAAAGUAAAUAUUGAAAAUCAGAACACAGGAUAAUCCGGGACAAAAAACCUGAUUCCGGGAUAAAUAUUGCUUCUAGAAAAAUUUGAGACAAAUGGUGGAAAUUCUCUAUUUCUAUUUUUCUUGUGUCAAAUCUUCUGCAAUUGAGUUUUAUGAGAUAUUUAAGGCGCUUUAUUUAGACUUUCUGAACUUUAAUAUACUGAACUUCUUACAUUUUGAUUUAAUAUAAUCUAAAAUGUAACAAAAACUUUAUUCCUUGUAUCCAGAAAUAAAGGUGAUAUUAUUUUGUUUGUUUAUUUUUUUUGAGGAAUUGAUACUUUCCAAAUUGCAACUUUUUUCCUAAUUUCCAAAUUUUUCAUUGCAUAAUUUAUUAUGUUCUGUUAUUGUAGUAGAAAAGGCGAAUAAAUUAUCAAGUUCUGUAAGUUAUUCAUCAAGUUGUCUAGUUUAAUUCUUAAAUACCUGGUUUAAAAUUAUAAACUAUUAAUUUGUUGUAAUUACAAUAAUAAACAUCUCACUGUGAUAAGGAUUAACCUCAAAGCAUCAAUAAUCUUGACUUUAUUGUACUUUUUACAAUUUUGAUUUAAUCCCAUUAAUAUAAUAUGGACAGUUAUAAUAUUUUCACAAAAUUCUCUAAUGUUUGGAUCAAAUUUUUGACAUUUUUGUUAUAGAUGUAAAAUAUUUUUGAAAUGAUAUUUGCUAUAUAAUAGAUAUAAUCAAUAAAAAUGUGAUCAUUAUUUUCUUAUGGUUAGGUUUUUAUAAUUAUGGGUGAUACAUUUUAGAUGAGUUUGAAUCUUAUUUUAAUACUCAUCCCAUUAUUGUUCUUAUUAUGGUAUUAGUUUGAAUGUAUUGGUUUCUUAAUUUUAUACAGUACAGGGUAAAUAUAUUACUG